GGCUUCUUCAAUUUUUGGAUUUUGUGAAUCAGUGUUUGUGGUUGUUCAUCUUGGCACCGCGUUUUGGUAAUGCUUGUUGCUUUUAGGCAUUCGUCUUGGCUGCUCAUCAUCUCAUUUGCUGUUCAACGAAGGAAAACAUACCCAUUGAGGAGGUGCUUGAGAAUAUGAGAUGUAGCAAAGAGGGUCUUAGCAGUGAGGCUGCUGAGGAAAGAUUAGCCAUUUUUGGGCAUAACAAGCUCAAGGAAAAGCAGGGGAAGCCUCCUGACUGGCAAGAUUUUGCAGUUAUUGUUACUCUGCUGGUCAUCAACUCCACCAUUAGUUUCAUCAAGGAAAAUAAUGCGGGUAAUGCUGCAGUAGCUCUCAUGGAUCGUCUUGCUCCUAAAGCCAAGGUUAAAUAUGAAUACCACUUUGCCUAGGGAUAUCGAUUUGUUGCUUCAGGUAUGGCUUUCAUGAACCUCCCUAUGUGUUUCUUGCUGAAUCCAAUGUACUUGAAGUUGAAGUUCUAUUCUUUUUGCAAUAUACAUAAAUAAGGGUAUAGAGAUUAGUAAUUGCCAUCAUUGUCAUCAUGUCAUGUAUCUCCACUAGUAUUCCAAUUAUGUCUUACCCUCUAGUAUUUUUCUUUAUUUCAAUUUUGUUUGUUGCUCAUUUAGAAUGCGGCGGUUCUCAUAAGUAAAAUUUUUGUAGUAAUUCAAUUAAUUGAUGUCAUUCUGCAAAUAUGUUGUGAAUAAUGUAUGUUUUCUUUGUUUGCUUUCUUGCCUUGACCAUAUAUGUUGGAUGCAAGGGGAAACAAGCUUGCUGGGAGAGAACAUUUCUUUGUCUGCAUGAGGGAAAAACUGGUGCAUAUAGCAUGGUAUAAAUUCCAAGAGCAAUUGAUAUUCUCCAUCACUUCUAUAUUCUCUGGUUUAGCUAGUCUAAAGCAACAUGUGUUAUCCCCCUCCCCCCCAGCUGACUUGUG